AUGGAGGCCUCGUCGUCUGACAUUAAGCUAUGCGCAGCCGAGCUACGAUUUGCUUCCACUUCCACGACGUUGGUACCCUCGAUCAUUCCUCCGGAACAUGCUACCACUUGUAACGACAAAUCGGAAACCCGGACUACAUUAGAGAACCGACUGGAGCGCUUUGCCGAGCAAGUCAUGGGUGCAUCGGGCGUACGUGCUUAUUUGGCCAACCACGGGCGCCUCUAUCGGGAUUAUCGCGAGUUGCCUAAGCUUGCAGCUGAGGGCGACACUACGGGAUUCGACGCGAACCUGCGCUCCAUCCGACUGGCGGUCCGCUACCAACUUGGAUUGAACCUUGACAAUGGCAGCACUUGA